GAUUGGACAACGCCGUGGAUGAAAUUGAAGUGACUAGCUGGUGGUGUUGGUGGUGAGUGGUGACUCAAAACCUAGCUAAGAAUCUCCCCCUUCAUCCAUCAUCAUCAUCAUCAUCAUCAUCUCAACCAAACCAUGGAAGACAGUUUCAGAGUGCGAUUGGACAGAGCCUUUGGCUCACUUAAUCCUUCUUCCUCCUCCUCCUCAACCGCCGCCUCUUCUUCUUCUUCCUCCCUAACCUCUCUUUGGUGUCUCACAGACGAAGAGAUCGAAAGAAGAAAUUCAAACAAAUCCAAACACGAUCUCCUCCACCAAGCCGAUACCAAAUCCGACGCUUCUAACUUCACCGAUCAGACACCCUUGCUUUCUGAUAAAGAUCUGGAGGCAGAUAUUCAAGACCUAGAUGACUUUGUCCAUGAUAACGAUACUGACGACGACGACGAUAAGGCUAACAAAACUUCUAGAUGUCUGUCGGCUAAACCGGACGAUCAUAGUGAGGAAGAAUGGGAUAUUCGUUCAUCAAUAGGCCUUGACUGUACUUUGGACUACGAGGAAGAAGAAGAUGAGUAUGAUAAAGUAGCGGUUGGUAAGGAAUCGACUACAGUGGAGGUGGUGGAGGAGGAGCGAUUGUACCUGAAAGAUGAAAACGACUAUGAAGUUGAUAUGGAUUACUAUGAGGAGCUUCCAGAUACAUUCAAAGAGAGUAUCCAAAGAGAUCCACGAGCAAAUCACACGGCUGCAAAACUUCGUCUUAAAGAAGAUGCUGCUGCUGAAUCAUCUGGUGGCAAUCAGGCUCCUUCUCCUCCACCACUUAACCUAAAAUCCAUUCUGAAGAGAAAGGAAAAUACGCAAAAUCGAUCAGCAGAUAAACGAGUAAGGUUUCACCUUCAAGAUGACAUCAAAGAGGAGGAGGAGGAGGAGUUGGAAACAAUAACACCAGUUGAGUCUUCUGAUUCUCGCGUUCCAGAUCAUGUGCGUAAUCCGUCAAGGUACACGCACUAUACUUUCGAUUCGGUAAGUGAAAUGGAUGAUGAAUCGAAUAAGAAAGCACUUCUAGAGUUUCUUAAUCAGCAGCAGAGGACAACCACACCUGAUAAUAACAGCAGCAGUCCUCCUGCAAUUGAUCUUCUUCCGAAAUCUGUUGUCUUUAGUUCUAGGAAGAAGCAGAAAGAAUCUCAAUCUAAUACAAAUGAUGAUGAGGCGGGUAGGAAAGAAUCGUGCAAGAGGAAUCGGAUGGCGAUUGGGAUUGCGGUUAAGGGUUUGCAGGAAAAUGAAAUUGGCGACGGUGAUGGUGUGUGUGCGAUGGAUGAAGAUGAACCAGUACCGGUUGGGGAUGGGGUUGGGAUUGGAGUUAGUAACUUGAAGAGACAGGCUCGUCAAUAUAGAACCAAGGAGGAGAUUGAUGAAUGAAUUUCGAUUAAGCCAUUUUGAUUUUUCAUAUGGCUUAAUAGUGUAUUAAGAGUGUUUUGUAUUAAGAGUUCCUUUUUCGUUCUUCCAUUGAACAUUUGAAACAAAACAAAGAGAAUGCAGUUUCUCAUCAUC